UACGUUUUCCCUUUCAUUCUCUCCGCUCUCUCGAUUUUUCGUCUUCUUCGCCAACGCCUAACCCUAACCCUAACUCUUUCCAAAAGCACAACAAAAUACAGACCGAAGAAGAGAGGAGUCGAAGGAUCGUGACCUGGGAGCUUUGAUUCCUCCCGAUUUCCAUGGAUUCUCAACAGAACAACCUCUUCGAGACGGCGUCGCAGCCCGACACAGCCGCCGACGCAUACACCUUUUUGGAAUUCAAUACCCAGGGCGAGUCUGAGUUCGACUACCCUGAGUUCCGAUCACCGGCAGCGUGGCCCACGCCCUCUGAUUCCCUCUCCAUCCCUGACCCAUCCGAUCGCGGAGGUGCCGCCGGAGAUCACCACUCCGAGGCUUCGUCGCCUUCCCCGUUGUCUUCGCCGGCUCCUGGAAGUAGCUCCAAGGGGGGACGCGGUGGAGUUGGAGGAGGCGGUGGUGGUGGUGGUAGUAGUAGCAGUCAGGUUGAUGCAUUGGCGGCUGGGAUGGGGAAUUUGAACUUCGAGGAGACCGGGGAUGACGACGCUUUUGAUUAUGGAAAAGGGGAUUUCACAGAGCACGCAUGCAAGUAUUGUGGUAUCUCGAAUCCGGCUUGCGUUGUGAGGUGCAAUGUUGCGUCUUGUCGGAAGUGGUUCUGCAAUUCGAGGGGAAAUACCUCGGGCUCUCAUAUUGUCAAUCAUUUGGUUCGAGCAAAACACAAGGAAGUUUGUCUCCAUAAGGACAGCCCUCUCGGGGAAACAAUUCUUGAGUGCUACAACUGUGGGUGUCGAAAUGUCUUCCUCCUCGGAUUCAUUUCAGCAAAAACAGAGAGUGUUGUUGUCCUUCUUUGUAGAGAACCUUGUCUAAAUGUAAAUGCCCUGAAGGACAUGAACUGGGAUCUAAGUCAGUGGUGUCCUCUGAUCGAUGAUAGGUGUUUCCUACCGUGGCUUGUUAAGGUUCCAUCUGAACAAGAACAGUUGAGGGCACGUCAAAUUAGUGCACAACAAAUAAACAAGAUAGAGGAAUUAUGGAAGACUAAUCCUGAUGCUACACUUGAAGAUCUUGAAAAACCUGGUGUUGAUGAUGAACCUCAGUCUGUUCAAUUGAAGUAUGAAGAUGCAUAUCAGUAUCAAAAUGUGUUCGCACCUCUUAUCAAGCUUGAAGCAGAUUAUGACAAAAUGAUGAAAGAGUCUCAAAGCAAGGAUAAUGUCACAGUUCGCUGGGAUAUUGGUCUUAACAAGAAGCGUAUUGCAUAUUUCGUCUUCCCAAAGGAGGACAAUGAAUUGCGUUUAGUGCCAGGUGAUGAACUCCGACUGCGUUAUUCUGGAGAUGCAGCGCAUCCAGCAUGGCAGUCAGUUGGACAUGUGAUCAAGCUAACUGCACAAGAAGAGGUUGCUCUUGAACUCCGUGUCAAUCAGGGGGUUCCUAUUGAUGUGAACCAUGGGUUUAGUGUUGAUUUCGUAUGGAAGAGUACGAGCUUUGACCGGAUGCAGGGAGCAAUGAAGACUUUUGCUGUAGAUGAAACAAGUGUGAGUGGGUAUAUUUACCACCACUUAUUGGGACAUGAAGUUGAGGCUCAGAUGGUGCGUAACACACUACCUCGUCGUUUUGGAGCACCUGGUCUACCGGAACUGAAUGCAUCUCAGGUUUUUGCAGUGAAGAGUGUCCUUCAAAAGCCUAUUAGUCUAAUUCAAGGUCCUCCUGGGACUGGUAAAACUGUGACUUCUGCGGCGAUUGUUUAUCACAUGGCCAAACAGGGCCAGGGACAAGUUCUCGUUUGUGCCCCCAGUAAUGUUGCCGUAGACCAACUAGCUGAAAAGAUAAGUGCUACUGGUUUGAAGGUUGUUCGACUGUGUGCAAAAUCAAGGGAAGCUGUAAGUUCUCCUGUUGAGCAUUUGACCCUUCACUACCAGGUUAGGCAUCUUGACACAUCUGAGAAGAGUGAACUCCAUAAGCUGCAGCAGUUGAAAGAUGAACAAGGUGAACUGUCAAGCAGUGAUGAAAAGAAAUACAAAGCACUUAAACGAGCUACAGAACGCGAGAUAACCCAAAGUGCUGAUGUCAUAUGCUGCACUUGUGUUGGUGCGGGGGAUCCACGGUUGGCAAAUUUUAGAUUUCGACAGGUACUUAUUGACGAGUCUACUCAAGCAACAGAACCUGAGUGUUUUAUCCCUCUGGUCCUUGGAGCAAAACAGGCUGUUCUUGUUGGCGAUCAUUGCCAACUUGGUCCUGUCAUUAUGUGCAAGAAAGCGGCCCGUGCUGGCUUGGCACAAUCUCUUUUUGAACGCCUGGUGCUGCUUGGUGUUAAGCCAAUUAGGUUACAGGUUCAAUACCGUAUGCACCCAGCUUUGUCUGAGUUUCCUUCCAACAGUUUUUAUGAAGGCACUCUCCAGAAUGGAGUCACGAUUAAUGAAAGGCAAACAUCGGGGAUUGACUUUCCCUGGCCUGUGCCUAAUCGUCCCAUGUUUUUCUAUGUCCAGUUGGGACAAGAGGAGAUCAGUGCUAGUGGAACUUCGUAUUUGAAUCGAACUGAGGCCGCUAACGUUGAGAAGAUUGUGACCACUUUCUUAAAGAGUGGAGUAGUUCCUGGCCAGAUUGGAGUGAUAACCCCAUACGAGGGACAGAGGGCAUAUAUUGUAAAUUACAUGUCGAGAAAUGGUGCUCUCAGACAACAACUUUACAAGGAAAUUGAGGUCGCUAGUGUUGAUUCUUUUCAAGGAAGGGAAAAAGAUUACAUCAUAUUGUCCUGUGUGAGAAGCAACGAGCAUCAGGGCAUUGGAUUUCUUAAUGAUCCUAGGAGGCUCAAUGUUGCUCUUACCCGUGCUCGUUAUGGGAUUGUUAUUCUUGGAAACCCUAAGGUUCUCAGUAAACAGCCUCUGUGGAAUGGCUUGCUGACGCAUUACAAGGAACAUGAGUGCUUGGUCGAGGGGCCUCUGAAUAAUUUAAAGCAAAGCAUGGUACAAUUUCAGAAACCAAGAAAGAUUUACAAUGACCGGAGGCUGUUUUAUGGUGGUGGGGCUGGAAUUAUGGGAAACGAAAACUCUACUGCUGAUAGGAGAGGUGGUCGUGGAAGGGCUGUUGGCUCUUAUCUGCCUCCUGGCCCUCUCAAUGGCGCUAGACCUGGACUCCAUCCAGCUGGAUAUCCAAUGCCUAGGGUACCACUUCAACCCUUUCCUGGUGGUCCUCCUUCUCAGCCAUAUGCCAUUCCAGCUCGUGGGCCUGUAGGUGCUGUUCCUCAUGUUCCCCAACCUGGAAAUCACGGUUUUGGUAGUGGACGUGGAAAUCCAAUCGGCGGCCACCUUCCCCACCAACAAGCGACUCAGCAAAAUGUUGGGACUAUUGGUCCUAGUUUUAACUUUCCCCUGGAGAGUCCAAGUAGCCAGCCUUCUGCGGGUGGUCCGCUAUCUCAACCUGGAUAUGUAAAUAAUUUGCCUGUCCAGGGAAGUCAGACCUUCAGAGAUGGAUUUUCUAUGGGUGGCAUAUCGCAGGAUUUCUUGGGUGAUGACUUUAAGAGCCAGGGAUCUCAUGUUCCUUACAAUGUGGCUGACUUUUCUACUCAGGCCUCACAGAGUGGAUAUGCUGUUGAUUAUGCCACACAAGGAGCCCAUGGGGCAUUUUCUGGGAACUUCCUAAACCAGAAUUCUCAAGUGGGUUAUUCUCGUUUUGGUGGAGGAAAUGAUUUCAUGUCCCAGGAGUACAUGGCACAUGGGUCACAAGGUCUUUUUACCCAGGCUGGCUUUACCGAUCCCUCACAAGACGAUGGCCAGAAGAAUCAAUAUGGUGUGAACAACCCUAGCCAUCUUCAGGCUCAGGGUCUGCCAAAUUCACUCUAUUCGCAGCCUUUCUCACACUACAACACACAGCCACUGAACUUGUCCAACCCCCAGCAGUCUCAACCUGGCCAGGGCUCUCAGAACCCGAAACUUCCCUACAAUGGCUGAGGGGACGAAAAGAGCUGGGAUUCAAAUGGGUUAUGGUCUUUGCAAUUCAGCAACUUGGUUUUUGCUGUCUAGUGAUCCAACAAAUGCCUUGUGGUUUCCUGGUGUUUGAAAGGUGAGUCUCGUUCUGUGCCUUCACCAACCCCCCUGAUAGAGAUUCUAUUCUUCGUUUUGGAAAUAACACUAAAAGAAGGGAAAAAAGAAUGAAAAAAAAAGGAAAACUGGCAGCAUAACAAGGGCCGAAAGAAAAAGGAGUAACCCUGGUACCUGGAAAUUUUGUGUGGGUGACUUGAGAAAGCGCAGGAGAAGGGAAGUAAUAUGAUGGUGAGAUAUGGGAGGAAGAGAUUAUUACAUGACAUGAGAUUGGUCGAAAGGGUUAGAAGAGAGUGGUUUACGAAGAUACAACUAUGGAGAAAUGGGACUUUGGGCAAAGAAGCAGUUGCUGGAGUGAAUGAUUUUUUUUUAUACAGAGCCUACCUCAGAGGAAAGUGUUGGUGGCCGUAACCCUUUUUCGACUUCGUUUCGGAAGUGUAAUUAUACUCUGGAUGCCCACAAUUAGGUCGUACCUUAGUAAUCGGGAGUCAUUUGUUUUUAUCACUCAAAAUACCGAAGUAAAAGGGGUUUCAUUGUUGGUUUGGUGAUACUAACACCAUACUUAUGGUCGGAUGCGGUGGCUGGUUUUAAUCCUUGUUUGGAUUUGAUCA